GAAUGGCUUCGUGAGAAGAGCUACGAUCGAACAUCUAAUGCCAGCUACGAUACUACGACACCGCGUCAACCAAGAAGCCGGAGUUCGAGAGAUCAGUCAAGGAACUCCAUCUUUCUGGCCUCCUGAAAUACCGGAAGGCAUAUCUAUACACGACGGCAAUGAAGACAACUUCAUCCACGUUAGCCCUGAAGAAGCCCUCAACAGGAGGCAAAGCAGCAAUACGAAUCUCUUCUCCACUCGCGCCAUUCAUAUCAGUAUAAGAAAACGAGACUAUUCGGCCAAAAGAGCGUCUACGGCGCCUAAAAGAUCAGAUAGUUCUUUGCAACAUCCAGAUCGACAACUGACACCAUCGUUCUCAGCCUAUACAAAUGCGUCAAUGGCUUGCAUACCGUGUAGAAUGAAAUACAGUAAAAAACCAUUGACUUACCCUUCCGAUAGCCUCUUCUGCCCAUUCAAGAGUGGUCUGGGCCCGUCGUCUCCGUGUUCCGAACAUUGCAGAACUCACUUCACCAAUCCCAUUAGUGAGUGCUCGGGGUCUCAUGCUAGCAUGGGAAAUAUGCCAACCGUCGGAUGAGUCUGCCUUAUAUGUGCGCAAGCCUAUCAGAGAUACU